AUGCCGACCGAGAAGGCGGCGCUCGGCCUCGCGCUGCAGCGCCUGCACGAGGCCAACGCGUUCCAGGUCCGAGGGCAGGUGUUCAUCAACAACGUGGUGGGCUUCGCCAUGGUGGGCUUCGAGAAGUUCGACCGCGCGACGGAGGCCGGGGAGAAGGCGUACCGCACGAUGCUGCGGUCCCUCGCGCAGGACCUGCUCGUCUGGGAGGGCCAUCUCGCUGCGGCGGGGGAGGGGGGGUUUGCGGGGGGCAGUGCGUUCACGCUGGCGGACUGCGUGCUGGCGCCGCCGCUGUUCUUCGUCGAGCGGUGCGGCGGGGACUUCUCGGGGCUGCCGGCGCUGUCGGGGUACAUGCGGCGGCUGGCGGAGCGCCCGUCGGUGCAGGAGACCGUGCCGGAGAACUGGAAGGCGCCGCCGGGGGGGGUGUGGGCGACGAUCUUCGAGGACGUCGCGGCGGCGGUGGCCGCGGAGAAGGAGGGGGCGGGCGGGGCGGCGGAGUGA